CGGCCCGCCUUGGAGGUGGGGUCUCAUUUGAUUGCCAAGUAGAAUUCCCCAAUAGUGUUCGAGCUCGAGGUGACGGGCAGGCUGGCUGACUAAUGAAUCCUUGGCGUGGCCGGCACAAUUCUCCAAUCGCCGAGCGGCGGGCCCCAGUCUGAGCGGCGAUGGCGGCGGCAGCGGCGGCGGCAGCAGCAGCGGGGGCUGCGGGCGGUCGGGGCUCCGGGCCGGGGCGGCGGCGCCAUCUUGUGCCCGGGGCCGGUGGGGAGGCCGGGGAGGGGGAUCCGGGGGGCGGGGACUACGGGAACGGCCUGGAGUCUGAGGAACUGGAGCCUGGAGAGCUGCUGCCGGAACCCGAGCCCGAAGAGGAGCCGCCCCGGCCCCGUGCCCCCCCCGGAGCUCCGGGUCCUGGCCCCGGCUCGGGAGCCCCCGGCAGCCAGGAGGAGGAGGAAGAGCCGGGACUGGUCGAGGCCGACCCCGGGGACGGCGCCAUUGAGGACCCGGAGCUAGAAGCGAUCAAAGCUCGAGUCAGGGAGAUGGAGGAAGAGGCUGAGAAGCUAAAGGAGCUACAAAACGAGGUAGAGAAGCAGAUGAAUAUGAGUCCACCCCCAGGCAAUGCUGGCCCAGUGAUUAUGUCUCUUGAGGAGAAGAUGGAGGCCGAUGCCCGUUCUAUCUAUGUUGGCAAUGUGGACUAUGGUGCCACAGCAGAAGAGCUGGAAGCUCACUUUCAUGGCUGUGGUUCAGUCAAUCGUGUUACGAUACUCUGUGACAAAUUUAGUGGCCAUCCCAAAGGGUUUGCGUAUAUAGAGUUCUCAGACAAGGAGUCAGUGAGGACUUCCCUGGCCUUAGAUGAGUCCCUGUUUAGAGGAAGACAGAUCAAGGUGAUUCCCAAACGAACCAACAGACCAGGCAUCAGUACAACAGACCGGGGUUUCCCGCGUGCCCGAUACCGUGCCCGGACUACCAAUUACAACAGCUCCCGAUCUCGAUUCUACAGUGGUUUUAACAGCAGGCCCCGGGGUCGAGUCUACAGGGGCCGGGCUAGAGCGACAUCAUGGUAUUCCCCUUACUAAAAAAAGUGUGUAUUAGGAGGAGAGAGAGGAAAAAAAGAGGAAA